UGACGGACAUGUUCAAACCCGUGCUCUCGGGGUACACCUGCUACGACCGGAGCCUGAGCCUGCCCUACGUGGAGCCCACCCGGGAAAUGGUCCCCUUCCUCAUGCUGCUCAGCCUGGCCUUCGCCGGACCCACCGCCACGGUCGGUCAUCACCCGUCGCUCGGCAUGCAUUUUUGGAAUGAAAGGCCUAGUGGCAUUUAAAUCAAUGGUCUAACAGCCUGAACAAACAUAUCAGGCUGCUCCCUACUAAAAAAAAAUUACUUUAUGCUUGUAGCUAGUUUAAGCUGGUUUUAGCUGGUCUAAGAUGGCCUUAGAUGGGCAUGUCCCAGCUUUUGCUGUUCUUUGAUGGUUUAGGUGGGUGGGUCACCAGUUGGUCAUGCUGAUGUGGCCAGCCUAUCAAGCUGUUCAUCCUGGUAUGACUAGCUAAACUAGCUAGAAUGACCAUCAUAAGCUGGUAUGACCAGCCAAACCAUAAUGUGAAAACAUACCUUAAGCUGGUCAACUACUGUAUCAUAAUCUUGAAAUCUAUAUUUCAGCAAGGCUAUCAGCUAAGAUCACAACGACCUGGAUAAUGAGGUUAGAGUUUGGAGUUUAUAACAAUGGCUAUAUCAUAUUAAUGCUAUCCACCAAGCGCCAGUUACAUUUCUGCGACAUUUUUAUCCAAAGCAAAAUACCACCGAGAAAGCUGGUGCAAUUGGGGUUAAAGGCCUUGUUCAAGGACCAAACAAUCACUCCGGCAACUACGGGAACUGAAUCGGCACCCUUUUGAUCACAGGGAUAGAGUCAUAACUCGUGGAUCCCGAUAAUCACGACACAAACACAGGAUUUUUUUGUAUAGUCACUACCAUGACUACAUUGUCCUUUUUAUUUUAAAGACCAAUAUCAAUGACUUUCAACUGAACCUGUAUUUAAACAAAUAAGCUCGUAAUUGUAUUUCAAACAGUUUGAUUGGUCGUGCACCAAUUUCCCACAUUUUUUACGCAGCCUUAAGGGGCGCCAACUAAAUCACAUGCCCAUGUUUUAUUAGGGCUGUACUGUACAGGCACUUGAGUGAAGAGUCAUACCAACAAGCUCCCAGACUGGGAGGCCUCGCUGAUGAAGCAGCGGACGCCUCUACAGCACACAGUACCCACAUCCUGCUCGUGCACAAAUAUGGGGAAUCGUUUGUAUGUUUGUUCUUCCGUUUCCUGUGUCAUGUUAGUAUGAAAACAUCACAGAAAUGGAAAAGCUGCAGAUGUGUUUGGCUCUGCGCCCUUUCUAACUGCAAAAUGAGGUCACUGCCUGGUGUAUAACAUUGUCUGCAGGUGGGUCAGGGAAUUGAUUUGAAAAUGUGUUCAGCUUAUAGAGUACAAAUGCUAGUGAGACAUGGAUGUUCUAUACCAUAAAUGCCUUUGUAAAAGCAAAAAAUAUUGUCUAAAUCAUUUUCCUAAAUACAUAAACCAACAUGUAUCUAAACUCAGCUAUCAAUUAGAGGUGGUUCAGCUCUGUAUUCUACCCAGAAGGCUUGAGUCCCAGGACCCACAAGCUUACAGAGUGAGACUUCCAGGUGAGAAUGCCCGAUCAGAAAGGGCUCAAACUCAGAAAAUAACCAGUUGUAUUUCAUUCUCAAAGUGGUGACAGCUGGGCUGCACAUUUAGAUAUCACUCUCAGCUGUGCAGAAAAGCUGGAAAACAAGUUUACCAUGACAAACAGAUGCGUCAAACAUGUGCAAUUCUUUUGCUCAUAUUAGGAGUUUUACUGCUGGAGGAUGUACAGUACUGUGCAGGCCCAACAUUCUCGUGUUCAGUAUGGACCGAUAAAUGCAGUGCCAUGUUGGAAAAGGGGCCACAGCAUAGCUGAAAGUGAAGAUAAUGAUUGGGGAAGGAAUUCUCUACUGCUGCUUGAUAAAAAGGGGGUACGUCGCCGGAACGGAGCUGAACAUCAAUGCCGCAGGCUGCAACUUUAACUCGUACAUUCGCCGAGCUGUCAGGUUUGUGGGCGUUCACGUGUUCGGCCUCUGCGCCACCGCCCUUGUCACCGACACCAUCCAGCUGUCCACCGGCUACCAUGCGCCUUACUUCCUGACUGUCUGCAAGCCCAACUACACCACGCUGAGCACAUCCUGCGAGGAGAACUCCUUCAUCCUGCAGGACAUCUGCUCCGGGACUGACCCAUCCGUCAUUAACGCCGGCAGGAAAUCCUUCCCAUCCCAGCAUGCCACACUGGCAGCCUUCGCCGCUGUGUAUGUUUCGAUGUAUUUUAAUGCGACACUGACUGACUCCUCGAGGCUCCUGAAACCAGCGCUGGUCUUCUCUUUCGUCAUGUCCGCCAUCAUAUGCGGACUGACACGGAUCACUCAGUACAAGAACCACCCCGUUGACGUCUACCUCGGCUUCCUCAUCGGAGGGGGAAUGGCCGUCUACCUGGGGCUUUAUGCUGUCGGCAACUUCCAGCCCGGCGAGGAGCUCUCGAGCCGGCCGACGCAACCUCGUGAAGUCCAGCAGCCCCCGACGGACCAGCGCCAAGAAUCGGUCCGCCAUUUGUCGAUCAAGAGCAAUUCGAACAGCAACGGUAAUCCUCCACGGCCCGAGAGCCUCAUCAGCCGCAACCAGCGCAACACCAGCUCUCUCACCAACCUGAAGAGAGCCACUGCCAACGUGGAGGUCAUCACCCCGAGGGUCCCUAUGGGCAAAGAGAGCAUGGUGACCUUCAACACCCUCCCUAGGGUCCACACAUCAGCCUUGGAGGACCCUACCCGACGCAACGCCACCAUGCAUGCCACCAUGGACGCCAACCAAUCCAAACAGCUGCUCUCGCAGUGGAAGAGCAAGAACGACUCCUGCAACUUAUCCCUGCAGGUGAUAGAGACGGAACUCAGCCACUCCCCACAGGGGUCCAUGGAGAUGAGGUGCAACUCUGAGCCGGCAGGUGUGGGCAUCAACGGAGACCACCAGGGUCCUGCGAGCCAAUACAUGAAACUGGCAACCAGCACCAGUAGCGGCAUCGCAGGAGGCACCAGGGUGUCCAUGCCGUCCCGUCCCAGCUCCACCCAGCUGGUCCACAUCCCCGAGGAGACUCAGGAGAGUGACAACAUGUCCCCAAAGAAUAGUUCCACACGCUCCAAGUGGCUUAGCAUGGCUGAAAAGAGUGUGGCCUGCAGCCAGCCAAGGAUCAUGCAGGUCAUCGCCCUGUCCAAGCAGCAAGGUCUCCUCCAGGGAAGUCCCAAGAGCUCCAGCGGCAGCACGGUCAGCUGCACCGGAUCCAUACGCUACAAGACACUGACAGACCAGGAGCCGGUAAAUAUUGUGAGAGUAGAGGCCCACCCAGAAAACAACAGGUCGGUGGUGCAGGGCCCGACACCUAAUGGAGACGGCUCUUGGAAGUGGAACUCACAGGAGAGGGUCAGCCCAAGGCAGUCAUACGAGUUCAACAACCUGAAUAGAGGCUCGGAAAGCUCAGGGUCCCCGAAGGAUGGCAGUCAGCAUCUCCACCACCAGGCCGUCACCACCAUCCGCGUGACCCCAGUGGAGGGGGCAGAGGGGACCUCCGAGACUCUUUCCAUUGCUUCCAGCCAGGACUCAACCCUCAGGAGAAAAGGGAAUGUCAUCCUCAUCCCCGAGAGAGGCAGCAGUCCAGACAACACCAGGACCAUCUUUUAUAAAGGAACCUCGCAGAGUCAAGCUUUCGGUCGGUGAUCUCUCCUUGCAUCUGUGGCCCCCUGUACAAAGUUUAUAUGUGGUCUUGGGUGCUCUCGCGUCCACCCACAAUAUUAUGUACAAUCAAGCCAGUACCAGAUGGACACAAGGCUCACUUGUGCAUGAUGAUCUUUGAUGUGUAUCUGUAUAUUAAUGCAACAUCACAAACUUGGCGCUAUGGUGAACUUGUCAGCUAGCUAACUUCUUUUACACAUCACGUACAUGUGAUUUUGCAAAAAUCAUUGAAGCUAUUUCAAUUGUGCCAAAAUUCCAUUUUUGUUCAGCUUUGCUUUAUUUUUUUAUGGUUUUACCAAUUUUUUUUUCUCGUUUUGUCAGACUGUAGAUCUUUUAGUGAUUCUUCUGGCUAUUGUUAGGUAUAAACCAAUUUGUUGUAACACUCGAUAUAUUUACAGUAUAUGGACAUGUAUUCAGAAAGAGAGAAACAGAGCUAUUGCAUGGAAGACCAUAGAAGUUUAUUAUUAAGGAUGUCUGGCAUUGCGCUCUUAACCUUCAUCGUAGUUUCUGCUGUAGACAUUGCAAUACAUCCACAGUGCAGAAGCACUGGAUUCUGGGAUAGGUCAGCAUGUCCAGAUGGACUCAGGUGCCAGGUAAAAAAUGGCCUCUGUCCAAUAGAAUGAAAGGACACGUGUACAUUGAGAAGUCUCGGGGGUAAUGCUAUUUUUGUGUUGAAUGUCACACUAAAUAUUUUUUUAUCAGUGACAGUUAAACUGAGAGCAUUGUGUGUGUGCGUAUCCACUUUCAAACGAAAUAACCUCACCAUUAAAUCUCCACAAGAUUCAUACACAGUUUCCUGGCUUGGCUUCUAACAAGAACCACUUUUUCAAACGUGUCAUGUCCUUUAUACAGUUUAAAUGUAAGCUAAAUGUUAUUUCUUGCAUAAAAACAUGAAAUCACCUUAAAUUUGCAAUAUAAAAUGCUUCAAGCGGAGGAAACUAACCCCUUUCUAGGAACAAAAGGUGUUUGUAUAAUACUUUUUCACAGAUGGUUUUAAAUACAAUGUAAGACUUUUUUAGCAAGUGUAUUAAUUAGGAUGCUCUCUUAAAUUAAAUUUCAUCCAAAUAGAGGCAAAUUUCAGAUGUGUUCCAAAAUAUAUAUUUCUUAAAAAUAACCGCAUGGGGUAUUACAUACUCUGACGGCUGGCUUUUGUUGUGUCCUUUUCACAUUCAUUAUCCUCUAAAUUGUUAAUUAAUGUGUCUGCUGCACUCUACUGACUUUUGAGAGGGGGGUGUAUGGUAUAAUGACAGUUCUCCUCCCCACUUUGCUCAUUUCCCGUUUCUCCCUUUAUAUCGGUACGUUUUCUGCAAAAACCUAGUGGCUCAUUUAGCACUUGGGCUUUUGGUGAAAUUCCAAUCGAAAAAUGCAAGUAUUUAGUAUGCACCAUUUGAUCAUUCCAAGUUAAUUCAGCUAAGAUAAGCUAACGUCCGUUAGCUUAGAUAUUUUAGGCUUUCCUGCAAAGGUUCUGCGGACCUACAUGUCUCUGGUCCUAUUCAGGAUGUUCCAGAUCUUAGAGCAGAGAGGUGCGCUAGUUUGCACAGCUCUGUAACACAAAGAUGUGUCCUUGAAGGUGGAUGUGCUCUGUGUCGUCCGGAGAUGAAAAUACUUGUCAAGCAGCUUCCUUCAGGCACCAUCUUGCUGGUAAAAUGAGAGCAGAGCUGGCCGAGUUCCGCUCGCUCCCAGGGCCUUUUUGGAGGGAAGCCUUAUCUGUCAUCAGUUUAAAUGAUCACAUGACCACUGUCCCCUUUAAAACACUGGCAAACUGCUCUUAUGUUCGAAAGCAGUCCGCCAGAGGAAAACACUAAAUAUGGACCCAAGCAGUAAAUUACAGUAGCUUGAUGUGUUGAUAAUGCCGAUUAUCUGGUUGAUUGCAUGUAAAUUGGACCAAGAAUCGUCCCACUGUCAAAAACUGCAACAACCGAUAUUUCUUUAAUGUUGCUGGAGUAUUAGCCUUUACAAGAUACGUCAAGGAGGACUUGAAAUGAGUUUAUGUUACCAUUUAACUCAUAUGUUGUACCAAUCCAAAAAUGUACAUAAACAUUACUUAUUUAAAUGAUACCGUAUUGUUAAUGUAUGUGCCAAAGGGUUUUUAAACGUUUUUUAUAGUGUUUUCCUCCACUUCUACAAAUAUAUAAUAUUUAAACUAUCAAUUGUUCUUACAUCUCCUCUCCAUACUAGUACUUGUACAAUUCUGUUAUUUCAGAGAACACAUUAUGUCACAUAUGGAUACUGGAUUUGACACUAAGUAGCAUCGAUGGAGAUUGAGAGAUUGUGAGUGUUACAUUGUGGAUUGUAACCUAUCUGUCACUGUGUACACUGAGGAACUGUGAUGGUCCUCCCACCAAGCACUGUACAAUGUCUGCGGCCCUGUUUCUGUGCUGGAAACAAGGCAUAGCCAGACGACGAGAUGGAUUCCUCAAGGGGGUCAGUGAAAAGCACCUCCUCUCAACCCCCUGCCCUAUACAACAGCUUUAGAACAGAUGUAUUAUGUUACUGUAUAUUUUAGGGCUUGCAGACAAAUCUCAUGCUUUUGUCGAUCUGUUGAGAUACAUAUUUGCUAAUAAAGUUUUUAAAAACA